AUUUUUAGUUGUAUAAAUGGGAAAGUUGACCGAGUUUGCAAUCCUUUUUGAUAACAAUCAGGAAGUAUUUUAUCCUGGCCAAAAUAUGUCUGGUUGUGUUGUCAUGGCAUUAAGUAGUCCAAUGGAAAUGAGAGGAAUCAAGGUAACAGCUAAAGGAAAAGGAGAAUGUCAUUGGAGUGAAACAACAGGAUCUGGGGAUGAUCGUCGUACCCAUCAUUAUCGUGGGUCUGAAGAUUUAUUUGAAUUUCAAUUAUGGGUUCAUGGAAACACUGCAAAGUUUACAAAUGAAGCUGGAAGAUUUUUUUUUCCUUUCAAUUUUAUUCUUCCUCCAGUUUUACCAAGUUCAUUUGAGGGGCUUCAUGGACACAUACGAUAUAAAGUCUAUGCUGAAAUUGAUAAACCAUGGAAGUUUAACGAUAAAACAACAAGAGCGUUUUCUAUAAAUGAACUAAUAGAUACAAAUUUGCCAAAUUACAACUCAGUGCAACCCAAUGGUUCAACACACAAAGAUGUUGGAUGCUGUUGCUGCGCUGCUGGCCCUUUAGAUCUUACAGCAAGCAUUGAUCGAAGCGCUUAUUGUCCAGGUGAACUUAUAUUUAUAACUGCUGAGGCUCUAAACAACACUACUCGUAACAUGGCUGGAAUGAAAGCUCAACUCUACAAGCAUGUAGAAUACAUUGCUAGCCAUAAAAGAAAAUGUUGUUCUGAAAAAAUUGCUGUAAUUCAAGGUCCUAAAAUACCAAAAGGUGAGUCUGAUUCCUGGCAAAAUCAGCCUUUUUUAAUUCCUGCAACGUGUCCGACGAUUUCAACAUCUAGUCUUAUCAAAGUCUGGUAUGAAUUAAGUGUUGAAAUUGAUGUUUCUUGGGGAUUUGACCCAGCUGUAAGAAUGCAGAUUAUCAUUGGUACAGUGCCACAUUUUUCAACGUACUGUCAACCUGGUGCUAGUUUUCAACCUAAUCAAUUUCAACAAUAUCCUGAACUUCAAAGUCAAACACCAAAUGGUUUUAUGGGUUACCCACAGAUGAGUCCACCCUUAUAUGUUCCUAUGGUUGGAGCUACUGCAACAAAUAUAAGUGAUGAAAAUGAUGCUAACACUUUUGGUGACAUGAAUUACAUACCAGUUUAUGCGUUUAAUAAUAUGCAACAGGCACAACCAAAUGGUUUACCAGUUACUAAUCAGCUUUCUCCAAUUGUUGAUCACCAACCAGUAAAUCCAAUGUUGUUAUCUCAACCCCUUCCUACGAGCUAUGGUUCAACAAACUAAUUAUGAUAUCUUACAGUUUAUUGCCUCAGUAACCGUUUUAAAGUAUUAUUUGUACAAAAAUUAAUGUGAGAAGCAUCCACGAUUUCGCGCAAAUAAGCAUAUUACGAUUUCUUGAGCGAAUAUUCAAAACAAAAAUAUUUUUUUUUUUAAUUGAAUCUAUAUAUGCAAGAAAGACCUAACUGCAUUAU